AGUAUUUUGAGUGAAUAUCUAAGCAAAAAUGGAGUAUCUGGCUUACUUCGCAAAGCUUCUAAUCCUCGUUUGUCUGGUUUCUCAAGCCAUACAAGGGACUAUCGGCAUAGACAUUGCACCACGCAUAGUAGGUGGUCGAACCGCAGCCAGUGGUCAAUUCCCAUAUCAGGUAUCGGUGCGCGUAGGAGGAAGGCAUACCUGUGGUGGCACAAUAAUUUCUGAAGACUUUGUGGUAACUGCCGCACACUGCGUUUACAGUGUUGCGCCAGCAUACCUUACAAUUCUAGCCGGUACCACAAAUCGUACUGCAGACCGUGUUAUUAAGGAUGUGGUGAAAGUGAUUCCACAUCCUAACAUAACUGCUAACUUCGACAAUGACAUUGCCUUACUUAAACUCAACGCAUCGCUCCAACUCAACGAUCUCAUACAACCGAUAACUCUUGCUGCUCUUGAGGCGCCCAUAGGCUCACUAAUUACCAUUUCCGGUUGGGGACGCACAAAUGAAGGCGAUCCACUCUCAUCGGAACUAUUGUACAAUAAAUUUGUGAAAACCAUAAGUGAUGCUGAUUGCACCCGAGCUAUUGGUUAUGAUACAUCUAAAUCUGGAAUUCUGUGCCUUAGUAAGGGGUACGGAAAUGGUAUUUGCGACGGUGAUGAAGGUGGUCCCGCCGUUUACAGAGGCACGUUAAUUGGCAUUGCAAGUUUCCAAACAGGUUAUUGUGGUACUGAUGUACCAGAUGGCUACUCAAAGGUGAAAUUCUUCAGAGAUUGGUUGAUUGAAACUACUUCUAAAGAAGAUGUGUGUUAAUAGGGUAUUUGUAUAAUAAUGUAAUAGGGUAUAUUAAUAUAUUUUAUUAAAAACCCAACUCGAGUUAGUUGUGAAUCGGAAACGGAAAUCUUAAUUUAAGAAAAUGAAAUUAAUUAAAUUAAUACAAAAUGUAAUGGCAACUGUAAUGACAACUUAAAGAGUAAUGGUAAUGGUAAUGGAAGUAGUAAUGACCAAAAGAAAAUGAUAUUAAUGACCUUCAACAAAAGCAAAUGUAAAAUAGGGACCUAAAUACAUUUCUAUAACCAAACGGUA